AUGUUCUCGUUAAUUGCAAGGUCAUCGGUAAGUACCGGCACUCAUGAAUUGCCACAUCGAAUGUCAAUACUAACAAACGGUUUCGUACAGAAAGCCCCAAUGAGAAGAGUGAGACUCUUUCAUGUUUCCAGCCUAAGAUCUAACUUGAUUCAGGAUUUGUACAUUAAAGAGUUGAGGGCUUUCAAGCCAAAGGCUCUAACUGCUGCGGAUGCCGAGGAGGCCACUAAAUCAUGGAAGUUGCCUGCAGCCUCAAAGAUCCCCGCUUUGGAGAAUGAAGGUGCUGAUGCUUUGGCUGAGUACGACUCCACUGAGGUGGAAAUGGCUGCACCAAAAAAUGCUGCAGCUCUCGCUGAAGAAGAUGCUGCCGCUAAGCAGAGUUACAAUGAAGAUGAUUGGUUUGUGUUCGAGGAGGAUGACGUGACUGCUUGA